CCCGGCCGCUGACAGGAACCGGAUAUGAUGAGCUGUGCGCGGGUGUGAGAGAGGGAUGGGGGAGGGAGCUAUUCUUGAACAGCCUGUGACUCAGGACGGGGAGAAAGUCUCCUCUGUCCCAACCGACCCAGGAUAUCUGUGCUGGAAUCCGAGUGGGGUGACGUCCCAAAGCACAGUCCUCAACCUCAACACCAAGGUAUGGCAGAAAGUCCCUCCCCAGCUGGACACUGCCAGCCCAUCUACGCACGAUCCCCUGGGCUCCUGGAGAGGAAGCUCGUGUUGCAUUUCUGCGCCCCACUCUGAAGGCUUUGGACGCAAGGGUACGUCACAGGGAGUAACGCCGGGGUCGGUAUCUGAGAUCCCUGCUGAGUGGAUGGGAGCCCUUGACAGAAUGGACGGCCUUCCCCCUGAAGCUGAUAGAGCCCCCGAGGUCACAGGAUGCCAAGAUCAGCUAAGUGAGGAUCUGCGGACGUCCUUAAGGAAGCAACUUGAAUUCUGUUUUUCCUGGGAGAACCUAUCCAAGGAUCUGUACCUGGUCUCGCAGAUGGACAGUGACCACUUUGUGCCCAUCUGCACCAUCGCCAAUAUUGAGGGCGUCAAGAAACUGACUACCGACCUGGAGCUUAUCCUCGAUGUUCUGCGGUCUUCUCCGUUGGUUCAAGUGGAUGAGAAGGGGGAGAGAGCUCGUCCAAAUCAUAAGCGGUGCAUUAUCAUACUUCGGGAGGUCCCUGAAUCCACACCUGUGGAGGAUGUCCAGGCAUUAUUCAACAGUGACAGCUGCCCAAAUGUGAUCAACUGUGAGUUCGCCCACAAUAACAGCUGGUAUAUCACAUUCCAGACCGACAGUGAUGCCCAGCAGGCCUUUCGAUAUCUGCGUGAGGAAGUGAAGACCUUCCAGGGAAAGCCAAUUUUGGCACGGAUAAAGGCGAAACCCAUGGCCAUCAACACCUUCUUUCCAAAGAAUGGCUAUAGGGGGUUAGAGGGCUUGUACCCCCCGCACAGUCAGCAAGCCUUCUCCUCCCAGCUGUUUCUGCAGCCGGUGUUCAGUACUCAGCAGCACUACCCUGUCUACAGUGCCAUGCCCCAGCCGUGGACAGCUAGCCAGCCCUACUUCGAGACACCCUUGGCUCCCCUUCCCAACAGCUGUUUUGUGAACGGAUUCUCCUCGGCCAAAGGAUACAAGUCCUCCAACGCAACUGUGGGUCACGUUCGGCCCUACCACACAAACCGCAGGUUCCAAGGGAAGUUCAGUGUGCGGAGUGGGCACCUGGAGGGGUUGAGAGGCUACUCUAUAGCAGAGGAAGAGGUGAGCGGACUCUCCCCUCAGGUCUGUGCCAAAGAAGAUGAUGAAGUGGCAGACUACGAGCAGAAGGAUUCACUCCCUCAGGGAAUGACUCACAGUGUGGAAUCAGGUAUCAGAGAAAGGCGAGGUGCGUACCGUGGUCGAAAAAGAAGGGAAGAGGACAGAAUGCAGAAGACCCUGUCGACAGAAAAUCCAGCGCAGAAGGUUGACCUGGAGCUGUCUAACUUCCCCCCACUCCCGGGGUCUGUCCAUACCUCACAGGCUGAGCCACACCUACAGAACAGGAUGGCUGAUGUUGUUAAAGGCCUGAGUAUGCACAAGGAUCGGUGUAAGGACUCACUAGUUAGUCCACCAGGGUCAGUCACAAAUCCAGCACACGUUGAAACGAUGCCUCAGCCAGUGGAGUCUUCCACCUACGAUCCAAUGGCACAACCAGAAACAGUGGACAGGUUGCUGACAGUGGAUCUCCCCGCUGCAGAGGUGGGUCCUGCUCCCCCUCAGACUCCCCAUGCCCUGUCACUGUCCGUCAGCUCCACAUCUGCUUUGCCCAGUGUCGCGCCUCCACCUGAACCCCGGAAGUUGAGCUACGCUGAGGUCUGUCAGAAGCUGCCCCAGCCCCAGGCACUGAGGGAGGGGCACGAGGGGGUAGGGGAACGUUCUGAGGGGACGGCCUCCACACUGGCAGUGGGAGCGACGCUGGGCUGUCGCCCGCUGGACGGGCGGACAAAGGGGAGGGGAGUGGGGAGGAGGGGCUCUCUUUCCCGGGGCCCACUCGCCUCUCCCAGAAACUGAGCCAGAGGGAAGGGUUGGGGUGGAGGGUGAGUCAAGCCUGAGAACCAAAAACCCACCUGACAUCUUUGUCCUCUUCCUCCCCCCCCCCCCCCCCCCCAACUGCACCCCUCCUGUUCCCAACUCAGAGGAUGAGGUGGGAAGAUACACAGAUCUAAUGGGGGGGGGAUUGGGGUGCUUUGAACAAUGGCGAAGGUGGAUUAUAUUUGGAAGGGAGGGGUUUGUGUAUGUGCACUUCUGUGAUGGGAUCAGGGUGGGAGGGGCAUGUUGGAUCAGACUAUGCUCUUUACCACCUUGUGCUCCAGGAAUAGUAAACGCCCACCUUCCUGCCCUUCCUCCUUGCCCUUGGACACCCUCUCCACACCCCCACUCACUCCCAUUGAAAACCCUCCUCCCUCCUCCUGUUCAACACUCCCCCUGCCCAUUGAACACCCUAUCCCCCAUGCUUAACAGUCUCCCCAUUGACAAACCACUCCCCUUUAAACCACUAUACCUUCUCUCUCUUCCCUUAUCCCUCCCCCAUCUCUUCCCUUUACCCCACCUGCCCUUUCCCAUCCCGCUAAUUCCCCACUCUUCCAGAUAGCUCUGGGACCGCCUGGUGCAUGGGGGGGAGUGAUGUCUGCAAUAAACUGGUCUGCACCCACA